AUGCUGCUAAGUCCUGGAAUCCUACGAGACAGCUCGUCUCCCAAGAGCUCCUCAAACGCCAGAUGUCGUACCUGUAGAAAAUGUCGCGCUAGAAAAGUGAAAUGUGACGGUCGCUUCCCUAAGUGUGGGACAUGCAACGCGAAGCAAUUCGAUUGUGACUACCCGCAAGAUGCAAGAACCAAAAUCGUGCGGUCAAAAAGGCCAUCGGAUGUGGAAGAUCUACAAAGACAGCUUCGUGAAUUGCAAGAGAAAGUGUCAGGACACCCCGUCCAAACUGCUUUGGCCGGUAAUCAACCGAAUGACGUAUCCAUCUCGAAUGGAGUCCCAAACUUAACGACAUCAGUAAAAGACCCGGAUCACACUACGAUCUUCCACCAGGAGCAAUUACAACAGCCUGUACGUACAUUGCAAGAUGCCGGUAAUGCUGAACCGAUUGAACAUGAUCAUUCAAAUCACCCAGAUGGACAGCCCAGUCUCCUUACUGCGCCGACCGAGGAAGAGAAAGCCGCAUUUUACGGAGCCACCAGUCUUCAUCAUGACCCUUUGAAAGAGAAGCCUUUACGUCUCAGAGCUUUUUCAGAAGAAGAAAAGCAAUUCCUGACGGACAUCUCCCGUGAUCGACUCAUGGCGUACGCGUCCAAAAAAAGACAGGAGGAGAUCGUGCUCUACAAUUCUCCCAGCAUCUUAAGGAACAUUGAUUUCGACGGGAUCUCGCCUGAGACGGCAAUGCAUCUUCUAGAUUUACAUUGGAACAGACAACACUUGUCUUACCUUCAAACCUACCGACCCGCUAUCAUGGACAGUCUUAUUAAUGGCGGGCCGUAUGUCAACAAGCUACUCUUGAACGCCAUCUAUUUUUCGAUCUUUCCAUACAGCGACAGAGAAUCGUUACGUGCAGACCCUGAACAUCCACAGUCCAUGGGCAUGAAAUUCUACAAUCGGUUCAAAAGUCUGAUUGUUGAUUAUAUCGAUAAACCAAGUAUUGCAACGGCUGUAGCCUUCCUAACAUGUGGAUCUAGCCUAGUGCCACAUGGUAGGCAAAGCGCUGCCUGGGUGUUCUGUGGUAUCGGGUAUAGAAUGGUUAUGGAUCUUGGUUAUCAUAUAGAAUAUCCAUGGCCCGAAUCCGAAUCCGGGGUCAGGUUAGCAGCGAUCGAGAUUGAACUCCGAAGGAGGCUAUAUUGGGGAGCUUUUGUCACCGACAAAUUCCAGUCACUUUUUCAAGGCCGGCCGCCCACGCUACACUCUUCUUCCUCUCGGAUUUCGCACGAAUAUAUAGACACGUAUGAAGAAUUGGAACUCUGGAGUCCGUACAGAGAUCCGCUUGUUCAGACCCCUGACACCAGCGCGCCGGGAUACAUGCCUCGCCCGGCAUAUGCAUUGAGCACCUUUGAAGUUUUACGGAAAUUGUGUGAAAUAGCAUGCCAGAUCAUUGAUGGGUUAUAUUCUAUCAACAGCCCCGGGAUGUCCCGAGAAACUCUCCUACAAACAAGAAACGAAGUAAGGAACCAGCUCUGUUACUGGAAGAAUAGUCUUCCUCAGCAUCUUCGAUUCGAACCAUCCAUUGACUCGACACCCCCGCCGCAUCAAAUCACGCCACACACGACAUACUGGGCUCUAGUAAUCCUUGUCGAACAAGCGUUCCUGAAACCAGACCACUUCCACUUCAAACUUGACCCAGCCUCCGAGCUUGAGUCAAAGCAAAUGUGUAUUGAAGCUGCUAUCAAGAUAUGGGGCCUUGUACAGGCCUAUAAGAAUGCUUUUACUCUUCGACGGGCCCAAUACGGCAUUUCCUACGCCACAUAUUGCGCGGUUCUCGUCCUUCUACACCACACCGACCAGAGCUCUGGUGAAUUCGCGGAUUGUAUUCGCUUUUUCUGGUCCGCCCUGCUUGAGUACCAACGCGGCUGUAGCUUCGGCUUGAAGAAGCCGUUGAAGAUUCUACGGUCUCUAAUACACCGUCUCAAUGGGAUGAGCUCCGGAGGGUCGGAUCAAAGUGAUGCGGGUAUUACAGCUGCUCUCGAUGUGAAUUAUACGGGACCUGACUUUCAGUCAAUGCUAGAGCCUCUCGCUAGAGCCGAAGCAGAUGCCUGGGUUAAUUCUUGGCUGAACACUGCCCCCGAAGAGGGUUGCUUGGCGAAUGAGACGAUUUUUGGUCUCUUCAUGACGGAGUAA